AACAACAUGGCGGAAAGUUGACAUCUUGUGAAAUGUCAGUGUUCGCUCGUUAAAAUCGACCAGUUUUAAACGUAAUGUUUGGCAGUAGUGGUAAAAAUAAAAAUGCAGAGUUUGUUGGAAAAGUUCAGGCUGCACGUCAGCAGCGAGCGGAGGAGAAGGAGAGAGAAAAAGCUGCCAUACAGAUUCAGGUUUGUUUCAUUUUAUUUUUUCCACUUCAGAACUUUGUCAUAUUUUGUUAUUAUAUUUGACACGAGUGAAUGUGUUUUUUUUUUUGCAUUUUACGUAUCCUUCAGAUUUUGUAUCGUUUUAUUUUGGUGCUUUGUAGGCAUGGGUAAGAAGAUUUAUUUGUGUUGGACGGCUGAGGGCAGAAAUAAGGUAUCAAAAAUUAAAGUUAGAUUUAAUGUUAAAAGAUAUAAAUAAGAGCAAUUUUAUGUUGUAAAAUUAAUAAAGUGUCCUUCCAAAUUGACAGAUAUUCAAAACCAGGAAUAUUUCAUGGUAUUUUUUAAGCACUGGCCAGCCCUUUGGACAGAGUUUUGUUUUUGGUGGUCAAUUUGUCCCAUCAGCUCUGGUCAAUUAACUCUAUACCGUCCUGUGAUUCCCAAAGUGUUAGGCAUUGCUAUGGAACCAAAAUCCACAACUGUUGGAUGAAAAGCACUAAAUCUCUUUGAACACCUUAAGUGACUUUGAACAUGAAAGGACUUAUGCCAUAGAAUUUUAUUUGAGUUUAACUGAGCACACAGGAAAGUGCUCCAAUGACAGUAGGAUAUGGUCCACAAAACUGAUUAAUCACAGCAGAUCUACAAUAAGAGACAAAAGUGUUGAGACACUUCCGUAAAAUGGCCACUUUUUGCAUAGUGGACAUACCUAUCCCCUUCCCCUGUCUACCCAACCCCUUUCCCCCAAAAUCAUUGUUGUAUUUUGGACCCUCAAGUCUUUCUUUUACUUCAGACAACAUUGAUUCGGGGGGUUAGGAGAUUUACAGAGUUUAAAAGGAAUGAAAUAAUAAAUGAACUAAAUGUUUGAUGAAAGCACCCGUUUUAAACAAGUGUGUCAACUUCUUUUGUCCCUGAUUGUAGCUUAUGACGCAAACUGUUUCCUUGACAUCCACUGAUCUAGACCAAUUUUGGAUUCUUUGCUCAAUUUUUUUUCAUUCAAUGAAAUUCAUUUUUUUUGUCUUUGUAUUACCGGUUAUUUAUUUGAAUAAUUUCAAAACAAGACAAGUGUUGAUCCCAGGUUGUACAAUAAAUAGGAGGGAUGCAAGGAAAACAAGCGUUAACUAACUCAUCAUCUCAUGCAAGGCAAUUCUCCUCUUGUUUCUAAGCAAAUAUGAGACAAUUUGAAAGAAGAACCUAGAAGUUGAUUAAAAGUCUCUUAUUGCUUUACCAGGUACCCCUUCAAUAAAUAGACCUCUUUACCCUUUCACUCAGUAUCUCUUAUGUUUUGUUGGUACAUGCAGGGAUGAAUUUGACAGGUUCAUGGAACAGAGUACAACUAAGAAACCUCCAGGUAUGACUCAAUGCCAGUAUUUAGUAUUUCUAGAAAGUCAUUGCCCAUAUAUGAAAAUAAAUAAAUGAAUACAGGCGACUCCCAAUAACUGGAACCUUCAAGGGAAAUAAAAAAAGGUUCGAGUUAUCGGGAGUUUGAGUUAUCGGGAGUUCAAAGAAAACAGCUGGGAGUAAAGAAAAAAAAGGUUUUUACUGCGCAGUGAACAAUUUAAUCACAUUUAAUUGUAGAAAUGUUGAGUGAAAAUUGAAAGAUACUUUUAGAUUAUAAAUUAAAACGUAAAGUAACAAAACGUUGCCUAAAUAGAGCAUGCAUUUUACUUUUUGAGUAGUAAAGCUAUUUCACGUUAGAUUUGUGACAAACAACAUCAGCCUCCACUAUCGAUCCACUAGUAAACUAUAUGCUUACAACACAUCAAUGGGAAAUUCAAAAUUCAAUGUUUCAGAGGCAGUAUACUGUUUUUUCUCGACUUUUUAAGGGCUCAAAACAUGGUUUGAGUUAUCGAGGGUAAAAUUAUAUAGAAAUGAUCUGAGGGAAAACAAAAAUUACUUCGAGUUAGUGGGAGUUUCGAGUUAUCGAGGGUUCGAGUUAUCAGGGUAAAAUUACCGUAAAUGUAUGACGGAAAUGCAGGGGAAUUUGAUUUUAGUUCGAGUUAGUGCAAGGUUCAAGUUAGCAAGGGUUCGAGUUAUCGGAAGUCAACUGUAGAUUAAUUAAUUAAUUAAUAAUUAGAGAAAAACUCUGACUGGUUAUUCCUCUGACGUGCAGCUGCCCAUAUGCCAGAUUCACUGCAAUGGUUCAGACGGGAAGCGUUGCAUGACUCUGGCCCAAGUAAUCUCCUUCUGAUUGGUCAAAGACACAGAUUAGUCAAAUCUAAUUAAUCAAUUGAACAUUCCAAAAAUGUUUUCCAGGUCACAAAGUUUUCUUUCUUUGUUAGUGACUAAACACUGAAUAAUAAUCAUACAAUUUUUAGUCAUUAUUAGUUAACAUUAAUUAUUUUUAAAUUUCAUUUUCCAUGACCUCAGACUUGUUUAAUUAUGGUAAUUUAGUGCUAUGGCAUACAGGUUAAAUGUACAAAUUAUAAUACAUCUGAUCAUAUCAUGCGGUUUUUGCUUUCUUUUCUCUUUUAGCAAUAGAUGUCUUUCAUAUUGCUCGAAAAUUUCUGUUCACUUUCCAGUUGAAAGAUGAUGAAAAGGUAGACAAAACUCUAAUGAUCAUGAAAUAAUUGUCAUUUUAAACCAGUUUGUAUUAAUUUGUGAUUCUCUGCCUAUGGUUGUUUCUUGAAAGCAGCACUAUUAUGUUGUUAAAGAUCUAACUAACUCUGUUAUGUAUUUCAGAGGUUUGAGACACUAUGUAGGCUCAUUCUUGGAAGUAUGGAGCCAGCACAGAAUGAACUUAAGGUGAGUUGGUUUAAACGUUUUACACUGCGACAUUUUUACUUUAUCUGUUGGUAUUACAUUAUUAUUCUGUUGUUUUGAUUUGAGAUAAAGGUUGCAGCAUGUAUUGAAGUGGCAAUAAGUCUAAAUAGAAUUUCUAACUGAGUUCAAGGUCAGUUGGUGUAAGCUAUAGAGAUUUUUUCCCCAUUGUUUUAUAACCCACGUGCAAAGUGUGCGGUCAACAAAUAAACAGGAAAAAAACUACACUGUGUUGUAUUCAUAACUUACAGUAUAAACUUAGAAAACUAGGUUUCUGUUGAAGGUAUUAUUUUAUUAUAACUCUGAGGUUAAUUGAGCACACAGGAAAGUAAACUUUCAAAUUUAGCGCAUCCAUGGCAUUUAAAUAGGAUAUUGUCCACAAAACUGACCUAUCACAGCACUGCUAAUUAAGACAUAUAAUGAUGUGAACUAUUGUAUUUCCCUGAUUACCCUUUGGUCUGCAUUUGAUCAAUUUUGAAUUCUUAGUUUGCUAUAUAAUUUUUCAUUCAACAGAAUGUUUUUUGAGGACUAAUUUUUUAUUAGGUUCAUUUUGUAGAUGAUAUUCUCAGCUUGGGUCCUUUCUUUUUUCUUAUUUAUAGUUGUGCUAUGUGUCUGUUGUGCUGUCUCAAGAUCUCCUUCUUCUUUGGCUACAGCAGCUCAAACAUAUUUUACUAAUUUGCUGCAAACUGAUUCGUCAAUUGAAGGUGUGCAUAAAUCAUAUUAAAUUGCAUGCAGUGUGCAAAGAAAGAAGACUAGUGUCCGAUAGCCUGGGGCUGGUGGAUUUUGCUAUCAGGCUAGUGAAUUCUGUUCUUAACUUGCCUGGUGCGCAAGUGAAGUUGUUUGAGGAAUUUAAAUCAUAGAAGAACUGUAAUAAAUCCUGGUCAUCAAAAAGUUUGGGGGGCUAGUUGAUAUGAGUUUUGGGCUAGUACAUGUUAGCUACAGUUGUCCAUAAAAAAAACUGACUUUCUUUGCACCCUGAUAUGUUCAAAACAACAUGUCUAGGAUCACAACUAUAAUUUACUUUUUUUUAGAAAAAAAUAAAAUUAUAGUGAUGCCAAAAACUCAUUCAUACAGUACGUGGACUGCCAGUAAUUGCCUUCUUUGCCUUUGCACCGCUUAUCAAGUUAUCAGUUCAAUGGUUACAGACAACUUUGACACGUAUCUAACUUGUGCAGAGUGAAGAGAUAUCUCAAACCAUAAUCACUGAGCACCAUUCAGUUAAUUGGACAAAAGAAAAAUGGAAACAAAUAAAUCAUCUCAGAAGAUUACAGUUAAAAUCUUUUUUCACUAACCAUUAUCAGUUCCUUCAAAGCUAAUCUUAUGAUCCUAAAAGUUUUCCCUAAACUUUUCCCACAGUAAUGAAGCUUUAGUUAAUGCUCAGCAAAAGAAAAAUGAUAGGGAAAGAAAAGCAAAAGAAGCAGGUGGGGGAGAGAUCAAAAUCUUGCAAUUUUGCCUUCUGCACAAGUGUGAACUUUAAAAGCUGGUGUUUACCAAUAGGAGUAAAAGGCAGCGUAGUGCUCAAGUUAUAAACAACAUUUUGGGCACUUUUAGUUGUUUUUGGCCAGGUAGUGACCAGAAAAUGGUUAAACUGGCUUCAAAUUGUUGUAAUUCUUUUUACAAAAUUUCCAGGUGGUGAAUGGUUUCAUUCUAAGUUGUAGGUUGUUUGUAAUGAAGGCCCUACCUAAAGAUUAGAGAUCAGUUUUUCCAUGACUACAGGAAACUACAAGAAUAUUUAUUGAUGAUUUGUUGUUAAAAUGUAUUUGUUUUUUCCUUUUUACAUGCAGCCUAAUGUUUCUACUGAAGCAAAAAAGAUCAGUAUUUAUUUAAACAUGGUAGGCAAGAAAAUUAAUUGUCAUUGAAUAGUAAUUUAUUUGAAAUUGCAAGUUGUCAUUAUUAUUUUGUAAGAUCUUGCUGAGAAGUAAUUGCAUCAGGAUUAGCCCAGGGGAUAGAGUACAGGACUGUAGAGUGGAAUCUCAUGGGUCAAUAUUGUGAUCCUGAGAACCCAUGAGUGAGAGGAACUAAGUACACCUGUUAGUAUAUGGUUUACUUUGAAUUACAGUUUAUUACAAGAGUACUGCUGCUUACAAACAUGCUUGAUUGGCAUCUUCAAAAAUACAUUCAUAUAAUGAAUAUGUGGUUUGUGGUACUGUAGUUUCCUAUAAGUACCUCUUGCCAUCUUUCCUUGUAACAAGCUUAAGCAAUGACAACUAUGACAGUUAAGAAAAUGUGACUUAAAAAGUGAAAUUACGCUUCUUCGAACUUAGUUUUUUUUCUAGUAUGUAGUUAAUUGUUCUCUUAUGUAAUUUAGCUAAGUUUUCUUUUUUGCAAUGAAAAUGGAAUAAAUUGAUAAAUUAAAAUUAAUUAAUAGCCCUUAUUCCAUCUUGUUUAGUUGGUCAAAUGUUGGCAAACUUUUCUGGAGGUUGAAUUGUAAAACUAAAAAGACUAUCAAAGUUCAGGAAAGAAAAAAGAAAGUCUUUGUGUUGUGUUCACGUCAUCCACAAAACGUUAAAAUAGGUAUUUUCAUGUUGUAAAAGUAGUUGUGCAGUGAUGGAAAAGAAAUGUACAGAAGUUGUUGUUUUGUCAAUCUAAAGCUAUUGCUUUUUUGCCAUUCUUGUCGACAUCACUGUUGUGGUUGCUUGAGCCUUUUUUUGCAUCAAAAUGGUUCUUGUUAAUGAGUUUAUUGCUGAAAAAUGAAGUAUGUUGUUCACGCGCACCUAAAAACAGAAAAGAGAAAGGAAUCUCUAUCCUAAGCCUGACGUAGUAUGGAAAUGGCAGUCUUGUUCGACCAGUAGUUUGGGGAUGUAUAAUGUACGAACAGCAUCCUCAAUACAGUGUUUUGUGGUUAUAAAUGUAUUGACACUUGAAUAAAGCAAAAAUUUUACAACGCUCUGCAUUUACAUGCAGUACACAAUUUUUUUUCUUCUAUUGCAGUAGUUAAUAUAGGUGAGGGGACAAUUAUUAAGUUGUUAAACUUUCUGUUUGUUUGUAGCUUAUUAUUUUUACUGACUGUGGGAACUGGAAGAUUUUCAGCAUUAAGGGAGGUAUGUUGCAUGACAGUACAAGUUUAGUGUCAAAUUUGACAUGAGGUUAGCUCUUCACUUGAGAAAUGUUUCUACAGCUAGGUUUAUUGCACAAAACCUAAUAUGCUUAGUGCAGAUAUGCUUUGGACAAGUUAAGGCUCCAUUCAUGUUUUUUUUUAUCAACAUUGUUUUAGGUGACGCAUUGCGACCAAGCUUACAGCAACUCUGUGCAAAUGUUUUGGGACAUCUGAACACUAAAGGAUUAUACCCAUCAUUAAAGGUAAUGAACAACAAAACUUUAUACUAUAAUUCAACAGCGUCGCCCUUGGUUUUAGGGUUGUGUGUUCUGUGAGUUACUUGGACCAUCCACUUUUGACAUGUGCGUUUCCCCAUCUUUUUACUGAUGUACAUAUAACAAGGUUUUGAAUUAAUAAAACAAUAUUAUUGGAUUUGACCUUAUAUUAUUGAGUGUAUCUAAAGGAUAAUUCAGAUCCAGGCACUGCAUCAGUAGUUCUUCAAAUCGUACUCAGCCUCAUCCAAAAAUAUUUUUGGAAACUCUGAAGUUUAACUGGGGUUUCCACAGUUGUGGGUUUGGGGGUGAGGCUAAAGAAAAAGCCCUGUGUUUGAGGGAAGGGUACAUUAAUCUUCUAGAACAAAACAUUUCAUUGCUGAUUGUUUUUCUAGGAGCUCUUGAUGUCUGGCCUUGCCUGUAGUAAUCCCUCUCUCAAGUCUGCUUCUUUCAUGGCAGUCAUCACAUUGGCUCUCAGGUACUGCACAUAAAGUAUUUCAUAAUAUAUUCACUGCCACUAUAUCAUGACAUUUAAAUUCUGACAUUACAAGGAAACAGUUUCAAGAUAUGUUCACCAUUGUGGCUAAGAGUUAAUUCUUGUAAAGGGCAACUAACCCCUAAUGGUGAUUUGUGCAAAAAAUAAUCAUGAUUGAUAAUAAAAUCCCUGUGUUUCCGGGGCUGUUUGAAGUUAGGUCUCUUAUGUCCCAUUAUUGAGCAUUUGUGGGAGCUGGGAAUGACACUGUUGUGACGUCAUGGAAGAAGACCAUUGUAGCCUACUCAUAAGCAAAUGUCUGGGAAGUGAGAAAGGGGAGAGCAUUUUAUGUGAGUCAAAUCUUUCUUCUCUGGAAACAUUCAGCAAGCAUAUCACCCCAGAAUGGAAUUUUAUGGACCCCCGAAAACAACGAAGGUAUCUGGCAUGAUUCCAGCUCUGAUUCCAGAGAAGGUCAUGCUGCUCACAUGAAAUUGAACUGCUUUGAUGAUGUCACAACAAAUCUUGGACCCAUUCUUUGCAGUGCUUGGUAAUGGCCGUAAAAACUGCCCAAAUUUAAGGUGGCUCGACUGGAUUUUUUUAGGGCGAUACCUCCCAGGUUUGAGCCUUAACUACGUCGGCAUGAGUAAAGAUAUCGAAAAAAGGUUACCACAACUGUAUUACAUAAAGAUGAAAAUUUCUUAAAAUCUGGGUUUUAUUGCAAUUGGAGUCACCAUGGCAACGUAAUGACGCCAUUACGUUUUUCAUUUAUCCUUGUGUUUCUCUGUACCAGGAGUUUUUUGAAGAAAUCGCUUAAGGGAGUAUGUACCUGCCAUAACUGCCUCCAAUAUGGCAAAGUUUAAAGAAAUUCUAUGAGAGCGUUUUCGAAAUAUUUUGAAAUACACUUUUAAGAAUCAUAAAAACAGUGAAAUAGCAUGCUAGCCGCUCAAUUCGCUAAUAUAUUAAGAAAAUGAUAAGCUUUGGGAGCAGCGGCUUCAUCUCAUAGUGGAUUGAUUCCAUUGAAAACUGCAUACAAAAAAAGGGGAAUUGCUCUGGGCGUCGCGAGUAAAGAAGAAUUCUAUUAACUUGCAUUCAGCUGCUUUUGAUACAGUUUUUGGAGGUAAUUUGGUCCAUGCCUAAAAGUUUCGCAUUUUUCCAAAAACCGCUCGAUAAAUUUUUUUAUAAAUUCGACAAUUCCGAGAUAAAUCGUCAAGAAAUAUUCCCUGCAAGUUUUAAGAACAUUGAAAACAGGGAAGGCUUUUAAAUAGGGCCUCAAAUAUAGUCAAUUUUCCCCACAGAUUUUGUGUUUUACAAGUGGCGUCCUCAUUAUUCACUGGCAUUGUUUUCAAGUUUCAUAUACACGCACAUUUUAGCAAAAAGAUAGAAUUUGCAUCAAAAAGACCCUCGGUUAAAUCUUCGGAUAUGCUAAUUACCGGGUAAAGAGGUUAUGAUACAUUAUAACAUCAGAGCAACUCUUUGUGAGAGUUUCUGUGAUGUUAUAACCCGAGUAAGAUAAUAUUAAGUAUUGCAUCCUACACGAUGAGCCGAGACGUUCACCGGUUCGGCUCUCACUGCUAUCUGUGAUGACAAGCCAAUUAUGAGCAUAUACCGGAUAUUUCUUCGGAAAGUAAUCGAGAGUUCUUUUGAUGCAAAUUUAUAUUUUUGCUAGUUGUGCACGCAUAUGAAACUUGAAAACAAUGCCAGUGAAUAAUGAAGACGCCACCGUAAAACACAAAAUCUGGGGGAAAAUUGGUCAUGUUUGAGUCCCUAUUUAAAAGCCUUCCUGUUUUCAAUGUUCUUGAAACUUGCAGGGAAUAUUUCUUGACAAUUGAUCUCGGAAUUGUCGAAUUUAUAAAAAAAUUUAUCGAGCGGUUUUUGGAAAAAUGCGAAAUUUUAGGCAUGGACCAAAUUACCUCCAAAAACUGUAUCAAAAGUAGCUGAAUGCAAGUUAAUAAAAUUCUUCUUACUCGCGAUCGCCCAGAGCAAUUCCCCUCUUUUUUUGUAUGCAGUUUUCAAUGGAAUCAACCCACUAUGAGAUGAAGCCGCGUUCCCAAAGCUUAUCAUUUUCUUAAUAUAUUAGCGAAUUGAGCGGCUAGCAUGCUAUUUCACUGUUUUUAUGAUUCUUAAAAGUGUAUUUCAAAAUAUUUCGAAAACGCUCUCAUAGAAUUUCUUUAAACUUUGCCAUAAUGGAGGCAAUUAUGCCAGGUACAUACUCCCUUAAGCGAUUUCUUCAAAAAACUCCUGGUACAGAGAAACACAAGGAUAAAUGAAAAACGUAAUGGCGUCAUUACGUUGCCAUGGCGACUCCGAUUGCAAUAAAACCCAGAUUUUAAGAAAUUUUCAUCUUUAUGUAAUACAGUUGUGGGUAACCUUUUUUCGAUAUCUUUACUCAUGCCGACGUAGUUAAUGCUCAAAGUUGGGAGGUAUCAACCCCAAAAAAUCCAGUCGAGCCACCUUAAGACAUUGACAAAUUAUAAAAAAUAAAGGAAAGACACCUGAGGCCAAAGCUUUUCCUUGAGCACAAGUAAUCAGAACAAUAAGGAGAUUUUGAUUAGCAAAAAAAGAAACACUUUUGGAGUUAGUGGUUACUUAUCACUUCCCAUGGCACACAAUUUUUGGUAGUAUGCUAAUUAUGUACUAACGUAUUUUCUUUCAGGCCUCUUGUGCUGAGCAAUUUUUCAGAAAAUCUCUGCAGUCUGUUCAUUUUAAACAUCCUAUCUGUGCCCGGACUUACCCUUCAUCUCUCAGCAAUAGCUUCAGAUGUAAGUAAAGUCAUGUACAUUAGCUGAAUCUUCACAUGCUAAAAUGCACUUUCUAGACAUAACCUCCAAUAAAUGUAUGUACAUUCUUGGUAUCUGGGGAAAAAGUAUCUCAGACCUGAAUGAGCCUGAAAUUCUCUAAAUCUUGAAUCCAGUGAGGAUAAUAGAAUAUAAAGUGGAGAUCAAGCUUGGAUUUGAUAGAGUAGAUUCAAUGGAAACACCAAGGCCUGCGCUUGGACUAAAUAUCUAUAGCCUAAAAAAAUCAAGUAAUUCAACACAAAAUUUAAAACUGGGAGCAAAUUGUCAAAGCUGCUUAAUGAUUUAAUAAUGUAAGUUUAUUGAGCAUUUCAAAGAUAAAUUUAUGGAGUCGUCGUUAAUUUUAAUUUUUUAGGGAUUAAAGCCACUGAAAACACAUGUCAUUUACCAGAAAGUCGUGUCAUUUCUUCAACAAGAACAGAGCAGUAGAAUUGUUUUAAAUUCUCUAGAAUGUAGCUACACCCUCUGUCUUUUAGGUAAGUUCAGUCUCUCUAAGCUGCGCAACAUUCAUUUUUAAUAAAUUUAAUAUUAAAGUUGACAUCACAUUGACUGGCAAUUAAAGUGCUGUCAUGAUUUUUUUGCAGCCAAUUUAAUAGAGCUCUCCAAGCUGCAGGAAGAGGUUAGUGUCAAAAACUUACCAGGCUUGCUGCCUAUUGACAAAGUCCAAAACUUGCACCUGUGGAGAGGCAGGCUUAAAGGAACGACAAAUAUAUUGAAACAUUUUUUCUAGUGUGGUUAACAAAUUAUUUUCAAUGGUUUACAGAAAGUAAUGUGCAGCGAACGUGUUGCGAACCAAGAGGUAUAGCAAAUUCAACAAGUAGUGAAACCACUUGUUACCGCAACCCAAUGUAAUAUCCCCUUUUUAUUUUACGUGAUUGUAAAAAUGUUGAGGUUAGUUAGCAAAUGAAUCAUAAUGAUGAUGAUGAUGAUGAUGAUGAUAUUACUAAUAAUAAAUAUUGAUUAUCGUAUUUCCUUGAAUAAUAGACGGGGGCAAUUAUUUGAGGGACAGCGAUUAUUUUAAAUAUUUCUGUUUUAGGGGGUGGGGGCGAUUAUUCGAGGGAGGCAAUUAAUUGAGGGAUGGCUAUUAUUAAAGGAAAUACGGUAUGUAAGGUAGAAAAUCGCAGUUGUUUAUAAGAGAACAACUGGUCAGUUUUAUCACUAUUUGGAUGUUCAGUUUAUUCAAAGGUCCAUUUAUUACUGCAUUGGUCUUUCCUUCUGUUUCAGAUUUUUAAGCAGAAGCUAACAAGUUUCAUUGUAAGUAUUACUAAAUAGCUGAUGUAAUAAUUACGUUUUACUGCUGAUUUGAUUCUGAACGCUUACAGUGUUCCUAGAGGUGGUCUUGAUAAUACUGUUGUUUUAAAAGAGUUGUUGGUAAAAAGAAACCCAUUCCCCAUUUCUAGUAUCUAGAGUGUCUUGGUGGUCUUUACACUAAAUAACAAGAAUAUUUUGGAAUAUUAAAAGUCUAGUAUUUUUUCGUACAUAAGAACGCUUAACGCUUCACACACAAGCUACACUUUUACUUCCUAUAUGAGCCUUCGCGCCUCCCUGAGAGAGUGUCGGAAAUCUAAUCUAACUGGAUCAAGAUCCGCUAUAUUUUCUACUUUGACGUCAGUGAUUAGUAAUGACUUUUUAUUUCUGCCAGCCAACUAAAGUUGCGUUUUAUUUAUUUUUAUUCAUUUGCACAGGAAGUUGUAACAAAGCUGCUUUAUUACUGUCAGUCAUAUGUAGCCAAAAAGCAGUCUAAUCUUACAAACUGGCAUCCAGUGUUAGGAUGGUUUAAACAACCCACAGAUGAAAGGUAAGAAAAUUCUUGAUAUAGCGCCUCAACGUUACUUGUGUCCCCAACAAGUUGUGAAAACUAAAUACAUUGACACAUUAAUCAAGCUUUUACUUACUUACUUACCUUACUGCGCUUUUCAAAAACACGCGAACUCUGAAGUUCAAAAGCCAACCGACGUUUGCGUUCUUUGCUGCCGUCAAUCAUCUUAGCUGUCCUCUCAGAAAACAGAAAUUUUCUGCAAUGAGAUGACGAGGUCAUGGUUUGUGAUUUGCGAUUGGUGGAUUUCGAUCCUUUUUGUAUGUUUCUGUAUUUCAAGGUUCAUUUCUUGUGGAAAACACAAUUGUGAAGGCGGCUUUUAAACUUAGGAGUUCACGUGCUAUUGAAAAGCGCAGUAAAUUUUUGUGGUUAGUUUUCAGUUCAAACGGGGAAAUAAUUGUAUAAAAUAAGAUAAUUUUAGGUUAUUACAUGUGACAUAUUAUAGACGCUUUCUUCCUGAUUAAAAAUACAACUAUAAGAAAAAACAUUCAGUCAAACAUACCAAAGAAAACGGGAAAAGGCAUGUAAAGUAGACCCUAAAAUUCGUCGUUACUUAAGCUCUGUAAAAUCAAAAAAGCGUCCUGGGCGCAAAUUCGAGGAUUUAGGGUGACUCUUUACAUGUGGACAGAAUUCGUUACCGAUUACCACAUAUCCUUUUACACAGUUAGGAAAUUUAAUUUAACACUUUUUAUUGUUACUGUUGUUAUUUUUCUUCUUGUCAAUUUUCUCAAAACGGACUUGUCAUUUGCCAGAGUUUUUUUUCAUUUGACAGGUUAAACAGUUCUAUUUCUCAUGUGAGGCAACAACUACAGUCUUUGUGGAGUCGCAAAGUUGUAAAUCUUCUAUUUGAAGAUUUAAUGGUAAUGACGGAAACAGAAAACCAGGAGGCAAAAAACAGGGAGGACAAAGGUUUGAAAAAAUAUGAUUUAGCGUUCUAUAUCUCCUCAACGAACUGCUGUUUAAUCAAAUGUUUAGUUCAUAUGCAUGAAAAUAAAUGGAACUAUUGUCAAAAAUACAAUGCCUAGAUUUUAUGUGAACAGUGUGCUCGCUGAUAUCUUUUCUUUUUUUCGCUGAGACAAAAAACAAUGACCAUUUUCGAUAUAUUAAAAUUCAUACUUGGCUCCGAGGCUUGGGCUAAUAAAACAAAAGAAAUGUAUUAUUUAUUGCUGAGCCUCAAGAUGAUUUCUUUGUUUUAUUCUUCCUAGCCUCGGAGCCAAGUAUGAAGUUUAAUAUAUCGGAAUUGGUCUAUUGGUUUUUGAGCAAAACAACAGCUCUGCACGUGCAUCACGCUUUUUAGUAGAUUUCUUUGACGUCAACUGCACGACUACGACGUGAAACCUCCCUAUACGACGUUUUAUGGAGGACGGGAACAUACGACGACGAAUUUUCUUUUCUCUUUUUGAACCUGAAUAAUAAUUCAAAUAUAUAAUUCUAAUAAUUCAACUCCAGGAAAAAUCGCCGGUUACAUUUGUCAAAUUGAGCGGGUCCAAAAAGACGCAAUAGAAAUUGAAAGGAUGCAAAUUCAUUUUUUAGCGACGUUUUCACUCCCGUCCUCGUUGCGCUGCUUAAGCUCCCUACAGUCAAAAUGUGAACGUUUACGAGGAAUUGUUUCGACGCUAUUCUUCUAUUUUCUAACCACUUUAGCAAUGUUGGUGCGUUUGGUGUGACAAACUAGAGCCCCUUGGCAAUCAGCUGUCAUGAGUGUCUUUGAAUUCGUACUCUAUCUCUUUUGGUAGCUUGUGAAUACUCAGAGUGAUAUUUUGUCUUGGCUUUUUAAGUGUUCUGUAUUGUAGGCGCCAAUAUAUGUACAUUUUUGAACUUAUUUUGUCAGGUAAUAAAAAGCCAUGGUCCCGUAUGAGGGGUCGCUCCAGAUCAGGACAAGCCAGUUUAUCCAGUUCUCAAACAGACCUCAUUUUGAAAGCCUGCGUUAUGUAUCAAACUGUUCUCUCUACUUUCUCCCAAAUCAAGCUGGACAUACUAACAGGUUUGUGUUGUUAAAUAAACAAUCAAGAAAACUCUACUGGUUUACCAUUAAUUGUGUUUCCACUAUAAAGGCAGCUUUUUUAACGACUCUUAACAUUAACGCCAGGCGUUCACAGUUUCGUCUGACUUAAAGCCAGAAUUCUGAUAAGGCGUCAUGCAACUCGCUCCAGAAAUAGAACAAGUGGAAUACACAAAAGAAACGCUUCUGUUCCUUCUCUACAGGGCUGAGUUACCAAGAGGGUUUCGUUGUGCGUCUUUGGAAGUUCUUUGAAUCACUUGGUUUCGAGAAUACUGCAGAAGCGCGUUUGGUGACCUUGGAAAAAAUAGGUCUUUUUAAUAACUGUGAGCUGCAAGCGGCUCUUAUCCUGUUCUGCGACUGCUGUAGUCAUUUGAUACCGUGAGUAUUGAGUUUUUUAUCUCGGAUCUUACUCACUAGAGCUAGACUCCACGACGAGGACGACUACGGGGACCAGCGUCAUUUUGGCGGGAAAACAUGGUAGCCGUCAUCAUUCUACCACGGGUUUAGCGAGAACGUCAUAGUGGCGGAAACAAGUCAUCUAAUGUUAGAAGUUUUAUCAUUUUGCCAUCGGGAGAGGGCUUAACUUUUCUAGUAAUUAAAAAAUAAAAAAACUCAAUGUAGCUUUCCGGAGUGUUGAUUUUUUGAGAAGAGGUGAAAAAACUUUAAUUUCAAUCUCGUCCUCAGUCACAGUCGUCCUCGUCCUCGAGUCUAGUGGUCUCUACUAACUUAAAAGUAAAAGCCAUAUCGUGCACUAUGAUAAAUAACAUGACCAAAGUAAUCUACUCCUUAACAGAUUCGUUAAGGGUUUCAGUCAUCAGUUAUACUGUGAAGCCCCAAGCUUCUAGGGGGUCUGGAGCUUUCAUGCCCCUCCCCCCACCCCCCACCCCGCCCAGGAAUUUUUUGGAUUUUAACUUUCUAAAGUCCUCUUUCCUGGGUGUCUGAGUCAUUCAGACAGGAUACUGGCCAGUGGCCAGUUCCAUUCUCCUCGGAUGAAGCCUUGCAAAUCGGCGGAUUAUUUCCUGAAGGUCAAUUUCCACGCAGUGGAUAUGGAGCAAGGCGAGUCCAAGCCAUUUUCAGAUUUCAACUGUGGAAGCCGAUGUGAAUCUGCGCCUGCUGUCCUAUAGGACAGCAUAUCGUCCCCAAUGAAAUUUGUUCAAAUGAAAUUGCAGCGGGAGCCACUGCAGUGGAGUAGGGUACCACCGAAAGUGCUGAUCAUCAGCUUUCUUUUGAAUGUUUAAACCAUAUGAGUUUAAACAAAGGCUCAAACGUGUGAAUCACAUGUGACAGGAUAAUAUACAGAACCCAAACGCUACCCAAUACUGUUCAACUGUGACAAUUAAAUAGACGGAUCAAAACGCACCAAUGACAUUUAAGAGUCUUCAUAGCCACUAAUAUCACGGCUGGCUUGACUGACAGACGACCAAUAACAUCGCGACUUAAUUGACCAAUCAGGUCAAUAAGUAGAGUUUAAUGUCACCAACUGACGUGAUAUAGCACUCUUUGACUCUGAAGAUGACUACCGCACAGGUUGUCAAAAGGUCAGUCACUGUCAGCAACAACAGUCCUAUUCAGGACUACGCUCACCCGCACGAUCGUGUUCCACCUACUUAUCACUAGCGUUUAUUUGAAUAAUCAAACUUAAUUAGGUCCUCCACUGUCCAAACGUUUUUGGACUUGAAUUCUUGGCUCGCAAAUUCAAAGAUUGUUUUGGUUUUCUGUUCGCAGUAUUGUCGAUGACUCUGAAAUGUACGAACAACAAAAGCCAUUCCGUUUGGACGAGCUGGUUCAAAUAUCGGCUUUCCUCAACACCUUGGUCUUCAAAAUGCUUUGGAACGACAUGGUGGAUGGUAGGUGUUGCUUGUAUAAUUUUAAGAGAACCGUCCUAAAAUUCUGAAAUUUUGUGUUUGUUUUUAUAGAAACCAGAGAACAGAUGCUAAAUUCAGCUCAUACAUUGUUGAUGAUACUUUACGACAGAGACUGUAGACGAAAAUUCACCACCCCAGAUCACUGGCUGAUCAGGUUAGUUAUAAACCAACAAAUAGUCAGAAUGUAAGCCCGCCUAAUUGAGGCCCUGUCCACACUAAUGCGUUUUCAAAAGUAUGCGUUUUCGUUGUCAUCGAAAACGCAUUUAUCGGUUCUCGUCCACACUAUACCGUUUAAAUGCGUUUUCGACUGUCCACACUAAAACGUUAGAAAACGAUAGAAUUGCGCGUUGACUUGUGACGCAAGUUGAACUCUAUGUGUAUGCUACAAACACACGCACGUGUAAUAAAAUCGUUCAUCGUUUUCAUUUUAAUGCGUUUUCGACCGUCCACAAAUGCGAUAUGAACGCGUUUAGGUUUUGAUCCACUUCCAAGAGCGUUUUCAAAUCGAUGCAUGUGUUUUUAUUGUAUUAGCUUGGACAGAAGGCCUAAACGCAUCGAAAUGUAUGCGUUUUCAAUCGACAACGCAUUAGUUUGGACGAGGCCUGAAACAAGAGGACCUUGAAAUCUUCCCUUUACGGAUAUUCACCCUAACAAACUGCUUUAGGCUAGGUUUACCUUAGAGAAGAUUUUUCUGAAUUCAUUAAUGUUUCCGGAUUUAUUGCAUUUAUGGUUUUCGGAUUCGUAAGCGUUUACACAAAUUAGUAAAUCCGAGAACAUUUAUUCAGAUUGAAAGGAUGUACUUUAGAUUCCGGAUUAAAAUCUCCGGCCAUGUGACUAAACCGGGAAGGUGUAUUUCAAAUUCUUGCAUCUCUGUGUAAACGGCAAAACGAAUCCGCGGUACCAACACGACUAACCCCGAAAAAUCCCCUCUAGUCUGAACCUAACCCUAAAAAGCUUGUUUCCAUCCCGUCCUUCCAAAAAAUAAAACACACACACAACAGCCAAAAGAAAACAACAACAACUAACUAACGAAAGGCGCCGCAUCAAACGAUUUUGGUCUAAUCGAGUGUUUCAUUCCUUGACUUAACCGAAAGAGACGCUUGUUGCUCGUGCUUCACUCCUACUUCUCUCGUGUUCUUAAAAGUUUCCCCGUGCCUUUAUAACUUAACGAUACACGACAAACAGGUUUACUUAUUUCUCUAAUAAUUAGCUUAUAAACAAAAUAAUCCAGUUGAAUUGUUAUUUUCACUGGUCUUUUUGACAGGAAAAUUAAAAUGAGUACGUUUGUGUCUGAGCUCGAAAAAAAGAAGAAAGGAGCGAUGUUAGUGAUUCAGAAAGUUCCUCAUGUUCUGCCCCACAGAGAGGUAAUCAACUCUGAGCGGAAAUUUUUACGAGGAAUUUUUAUGAGAAGUUCAGGAUUUUGAAUUGUUUCGGAAUAGGUUUCACUUCGAGUAAGAUAAGUAUUAUAAGUAUUUCCUUUUUUCUUAAGCCCCGUGCAAACGGACGCAACAUUGUUGGAUGUUACAUGUUACGUCCGUUUGCACACCCUUUUGCAUGUUGUUGGAUGUUGUUGCGUGUUGUUGCGCAAAGUUUGAAACCCGUCAAACUUUUCAGCCAAAAACUCCCAACAUUUCUUUUAUUCCAUGAUCGCCGAAGCGUAGUGCAACAAUGUUAGAUCCGUUUGCACAGCUCUUCCAACAUUGUUGGGGCUGCGCACGCGCAUUACGGAUGGUUUACCAAGACUUGUGGGUUGUAUCCUUCCCACGAUGCACUGCAGGUCUCGACAUUGUUGGGAGUUGUUGCGUCCGUUUGCACACCUCUGCCAACACGCACGUAAAAACUCCCAACAUUGUUGGCGCAACAUUGUUGGGAGUUGUUGCGUCCGUUUGCACGCAGCCUUAAGCUUUUUAUUGCACUCAAUCACCUCCCCUCAUCCAACAUGAAGGACUUCAUUUAACAUACCAGUGCAAGUUUUUGUGCUUUUAGACAUUUUUUGCGUCCGAUUCCCAAGUUCUCAAAAUAACUGUCACGUACGCGUCCUGCGAGCAAGCUCUCCAUCCGGGGGAUUAAUCUUGUGGAGUCACCGGCGGCUCGCCUCGCUCGACCCUCUCUCUCCGCCCCCUUCCCGCUCCCUUUGACUUGCCCCAUUUCCUCCUCUCUUCGUGAGUUUCAACAUGGCGCUUUGCGAGCAAAAACAUUCGCGCGCCCAAAAAAAACGCCUGCACUGCAGGAUAGCAAGCUACUUUAUUUGAGUUUAAGUCGCCGUUCGUUUGUGACCUCCCUUCAUAUAUCUUCCUCUGGAGACCUUGCUUACAGGCUCCAAAGAACGUUCUUUCAGCUGCUGUGUGGCUCUAUUGAACCAAAUGAACCGAGAAUAUCGAUGUCACAGAGUGAUAGUUACCUUUUUUUAUUUUGUACUGCUAUUAUUAUACUCUUUAUUGUCCUAGCGAGUGCAGUUAUUCAGAAGACUGGUGGCAAAAGACAAAGAGGACCUCGGUAUUACCCGUCCAACGGAUGACUUUCUACCACACGGCACGCUCGUCACAAUUCAACGCUCCAGAUUGUUAGAGGUUAAAUACGUUUUCCUUCUGCGUUUCUUACUGUUUCUAAAAGGGUGCAAAGAAAGUCAGUUUUACCCUGACUUGCUAUUAUGUACCAGCCUGAAAUUCAUUUUGCCUAGCCCGAAAAUUCUUCUGACGAGCAGGAUUAAUGAUCAGAUAAAAAUUAUUUAUCUAUUACACCAUUAUUUAAUAAAUUGCUUGCUUUAUUAGUUAUUUGUAGUAAGCUAUAAUUUAAAGAAAGCUUUAUAAGCUGUAGGAGCUUACUUCUAAAAUAUUUUUAAUUAUUUUUACCAGUAGAUUGUGCAGAUCACGCAACAUCUUUUCUGACAUGAAAUGUAGUGCGACACUUGUUUUUGCAGAUUUCACUUCGUCAGAUCGACUGAAAGAAAGGCUUUCAAUCCACGUGAAAUUAUGAGGAAUUUUCAAUUUGUCUUAGAGUACUUAUGUAACAUGAAUUCUCCUAAAAACUUGUUGGGCAAGCUGAGAACAGAAUAUCACUAGCCCGAUCGUCAAAUCCACGAGCCGCGGGCUAUCAGACACGACUUUCUUUGCACGCUGUAGUGUUGUUUUAGUUAAUUCUAAAGCAAUUUAAAAUUUGUUUCCGUUUACUCCAUAGGAUGGUUACGAGCAGUUGAGUUUGCUUCCAGCUCGCACAUUCAAAGGUCUUAUUCGUGUCAGAUUUAUUAACGAACAGGUGAGUCGUGUUUUUAGUCGCUUUGUGCACUGGUGUGCACUCCUACUCACUCCAUUAUCACUUCAGAAAAUAGUGAUAGCCGUGGAUCAUCCAGAGAAGGCGCGCAAACGAUUACGGAAUUGUUUGGGUUGGGGGUGUCGGGUGGGGCUGGGGAGGGGUGGGGGGCUGGGGGGUAGAGAGAGAGGUAGGUACUUCAUGUAAUGCAUUCGCUCUGCCCCCGUGUCACUCCAUAAAAGUGAUUGUUUUUUUAAUUUAUUUGUCUUCAAUAAGCAACAGUCGCGGAAAUAAGGGUUGCCUCAAAAUAGUGAAGAACGAGUAAAGCAAACAGUUCAUAUCUCAUAUGUGCAAAAUACUUUUAUAGUGCUGUGAGUUACUGAUCUUGGCUUUCUCGUUCCCCAAAUGCUCCCAUAAGUUUGAAUUAGGCCGUUAGCAUCUAAACAAACUGAGGUGUUGCGUCUUGGGAAAAGUGAAAUAACCUUACGAUGGGCUAGCGCUUGAAAAUUCAGCUUCUCGAUCCCCCUAUGAUGGCCAAUUUACUCUGUCAACUGAGUUGGUAAAACCAAAUCUUUGUAUUUCACUCCUCCACCAACACAACACUACAGUUCCUUUAGAAACUAGCCCCUUCAUUUCUUUGUCUUUUCAAACGUCAAAAGCAAAGCCAAACCCAUCAGCAUUAUAUUCAUUCCUUUCUGUCGAGGUUUAAAUUUACAUCCCUAAAUGAUAGACUGUUCUGUUUUCAGGGUCUUUCUGAAGCUGGUAUUGACCAGGACGGUGUAUUCAAAGAAUUCUUGGAAGAGGUGGUCAAGAAAGGAUUUGAUCCUUCGCUUGGUUUAUUCAAGGUAAUAGUAAAUUAAAACUCAAAGAGAAAUUGCAAUCCGCCACCAAAAGAAGUGCGGGAUUGUGGAUACCUAGACUUUCAAAAAAGUCCUUCCUAUUUAUAUUAACGACUAAGAGACGGGAAUGGGUGUGCAGCUCGAACUGUGGAGCCUGAGUGUUUAAUGCCGUCCAAAUAACAUACAAAGUUCAACAUCAUGAUUAAAGAAUGGUAUACAAAUAUUUCUAAAUAAAGUCACUCAGGCUAAACUAUUCACGUGCGCCCCUGAUACGAAAACCCAAAACCCAAUGGGAAAAAAUUUGGGAACGUAUUCCCCAACCGAUGCGGUCGCACAACCUCUGGGGGUUAAAAAGGUUAGAAAUCAAUCGAUAGUUGAAUAAAGUAAGAUAAAAAAUAAAAGUUGAUAGUUCGAGAGCUGAGAUGAAUACAUUACAACUGUCAAAACCGUAUAUACCUAAUAACAAUAGAGUCAAUUAACGCCUUAGCGGCUCACGUGCGUUCAUACCAAUAGGAAAGUAUUUACAUUCUCUGUCACUGCCACUACGUUUAGCUUCGCCGAAUGUAAAUACAUUUCGUUCGAUUUAAUAUGGCGUGCUUUUUCUUUCUCUCUUGCCUCUUUUCUUGUACUCUUGGCUAAUAACACGUGUUACAGUUGAAUUUCACCUGUUGGACACGUGUCUAUUACAAAAACCCCGGACAGCGGGUAAAUCCCUGGGAAAUGAUAACAGACUUUUUACUAAAAAACAAUCCCACUAUUAAGGACUCGCUCUUAUGGACUCACUGUAAACAACCAACCUCUCCCUUGAAACAAUUUCUGACUCGGCUUUGGUAGUUUCAAAGUCCAAGAUAGCGGCGGGGAUAGCAUUAUUCUCGAAAAAAAUCAUCGAUCGCUCAGCGAAAUACGCCUAAUUUUGUUGUACUUACCUUUGCGGUAAAGGAUAUUGAGCGCCAUCUCACUACAUUCAGACCAUGUAAUUGUCUUUUUGGUUGGAUUUACGAUUCUUUUGUUACGCAUUAGUUCUAGUUGUUACUUCUCUAAUACAAAUAUUCCUUUUGGCACGCCGCUGUGCGGUGCGCGGACUCUUAAGGACACUUUCUUGUGGCCUGUCGGUUGUUUUAGACAGUCUAGGGGCGUUGGCCGGGAUAUCAUAAUUUCAAACGAGUAAAUUUUAAAAGGUGUGUGGACCAUGCGCAAACAGUUUCCGUUGAACUGGUUGUCUUCCGGAACACUCGCUUUCAUGAUUCAGUGCGUCAUAUUCUUCAUUUGUUGACUUCGCCCCGCUUUAACGCACUGAAGCAUGAGGGCGAGUCUUGCGAAAGUUAACAAGUUCUCUGAAAACUGUUUCCGCAUGGUUCGCAUAGUUUCUAAAAAUAACUUUUUUGGAAUUAAGAUAUCCCAAAGGUGUGACUUGGAGACUCGCUCUCUCACCUGUUAUGAUCUCUUGACAAAUCCUCAUUAACGCCUAGAAGUCAGUAGCCUCGCAUCUCUUUGAAAUUUCUUAUAUCCAUAACAUUUGGUGAUGCACUAUCCUUGCUGACGAUGCUACUUUCCUAACCUCCCCUUCUGUUGAGUUCAUCGAAUCUUGUAAAACCGUUUUAUUGUUAUUGUUUUCAGAUGACAAGUGGCGACGAAGAGCGUCUUUAUCCGUCCACUACAUCCUGCAUUCAUAACAACCAUCUGAAAUUAUUCGAAUUCUUGGGUAAAAUGUUGGGAAAAGCUUUAUACGAGGUAUCCAUCCUUCUCUGUUUUUUGCAUGACAUAUUUUUAUAUUUUUUGUCUCGCCAAUAAUUUGCUUACAAAAACCUUGUUUGUUACUCAAAAAUUACCUCUUUUUUUAUAAGAAUGUUUUUUUCCCACCCCAGGCUGAAUAUUCUUCCUUUUUCUGCCAUUUUAAGACUGAAAACAUUUUUGUAUUUUGCUUAAAAAAGAAAGAAUCCAUCAUGAUACUCUUUGCCCUUCGUUCAUUUCUUUUGUGCUGUAUCCACGGUACUAAUGUAUUACAUGUUCCUUUCAUCAAACUGUCAUUAGCACUGACCAUUUGGCUAUAGCUAGUGCAGUUUUUUUUUUCAAUUUGUUUGCUAGUUUUGACUUUUGGAGAAAGGAAUAAUUUUAUACAGCUAAGUUAAAAAUGUAUAAUAUUGUACACGUGUAUUGUAUAAUUACAGGUUUCAACACACAAAGUUAUAUCCUUUCCCCAGAAUCUCAGCUUUGGCUUUAUUCUUAAAAUAUUCUUAAAAUUUCGCAAAUUUCAACCUCGAUAUUCUUAUAAAACAUAUUCUUAUAAACAGAAAAGAGUGUAGUAGGAAGUGUUACAGCAGUUUUGCCUCGAUGUAUUCAAUCAUUUCCUGCUGAAUGUCACACAUCCUCGGAGUUCUAGUGCAGCUAUUCGAGACGAAUCGCCCACGAAAAUACCGUCGUCUCGACCAGCUGCCGUGGUCUCCCGAGAAGUGAAAGUCACAUGACAUGCAUGAAAUUUCGCUCAUGACGAUGAGUUAUUUUUUUUUUUCACAAUUUACAUAUUUUCAUUUUUUUUUUGUUUCUCCUUACCAGGGCAUGGUGGUUGAAGUACCCUUUGCGUCGUUUUUUCUUAGUCACGUUCUUGGCCGUCAAAACACUGGUCUUUACAGCUCCAUUGAUGAACUGCCUUCGCUAGAUCAGUCCCUUUACAAGAGUUUGUGCUUCAUUAAGGUUCGUCACACCUUUAACGAAUUAUUUUCCAGAUAACUUUUUCGGAUGGUAGUUUUUUUGCAAAAUUCUGUUAUUCUCUUCUCCAUCUUUGUUUUUCUUCCUUGUCUGCCGAGUCUGUUGACGACAACUGUCUACUUCAAGGAAAACAAUUCAGAGUCGUCCAAAACAUUAUCGGUAAAUACAUUGAAAAUUCAAAGAAUGUGCAUGGACUAGGUGAGCAUUAAGGCUGGUUUACAACAGCAACUUAAGGAUAAGCACCAGCAAUACACAGGCAGAGUAACUAUUGUUGAUAGUCAUCAGUACCAAUUUGUAACAAAUGAUCAACCCUGCCUUUGUGAUGCUAUUGCUUAUCCUUCAGUUGUAGAUAAAAAAAACCGCCUGCCUUGGACCUGGUAGGGGCAGCGUCUUCGGAGACUAAGGGUGAUAAACUUAAUUGGUAACAUUUAUCUCUUUAGUUGCCUAGUAUAAUUUUCUGUUUACUAUGGAUUCAAAUCUCUCACAUGUAACGUUCAUUUUAUAUCUGUAUUCAUUUUUCUUUUUUAGCCCCGGUUGAAGGUGUGUGUUGCAAACCGAAAUAUCGAGCAAAUAUAAUUCACUAUUUUAGUUUUGUUUUCUUUAUUUAUUUCUGUCUAUCACUCUUCCUGCCGUAAGGAUCAGUUUACUGUUGUAAUUUUAAAAUUUGGUAUUGAAGAUGUUAAUGAUCCAGGUCUACUAGAGAUCCGCUGAGCCUCACUGGUUUUUCCUUCACAACUGUUUCUGAUACUAAGGGUGGCACCCAGGCGAGGCAAGGGCAGCGGCCUCGAGGACUACGGGUGGACCUGACAGGGUCAACGGCCUCGGGGUCUAAGGGUGGACCCGACAGGGGCAGCGGUCUCGGUAACUAAGGGAGGUACCCUGCAGGGAAAGCGGCCUCUGGAACUAAGGGUGGACCCGGCAGCAGAGGUAGCGGCCUGGGCCGUAAAAAGGCUAUGUAAGUUUGAUCCUCUGACGCUUUGAAGUGAUCACAUUGUUUUUUGUUAUCGCACAGCAUUAUGAUGGUGAUAUUAGGGAUCUUGAGUUAACUUUUUCGUUUGAUGAGGAUGUCCUUGGCAAGGUGAGCAUGAUUUGCUUCGUUAAACCUGAACCUUUUAGCUGAAAAAGUUUAAAUUUCUACUGAUUUUGAUUUAAUAUGAGGGUUUGGGAAGGAAAAAUAGCGAUGGAAAAUAAUGUGCAGAAUUCCUGGUAGAGGAGUUGAGACGGUUAUUUUGUAUCUUAGUCUGUGAAAUUCAGCGGUUAAUAAUACGUACGACGAGAAUAUCAGAGAGAUUGAGAUACUUAACAGAUUAUUGCCAGUUUAUGAUGAUGUGAAUUGUUUGGUUUGUUUUUAUUUAUUUUCUCAUUCUUUUUUUUCUUAUUCUCUAUGAAGUUACGAUCGUAUUGUUUGUUGUUGUUCUCUUUACACUCUUCUGGUGUAUAUUUUAGGUGGUAACACACCAGCUUUUGCCUGGAGGAGGUGCCAUUAAUGUCACGAACGACAACAAGUGAGUAAUGCUUCUUGUGUAAACUCAGUCAAAUCGUUUUGAAAAUUAGCGAUCCUUAGGACCUCCAGUCCCAGGAACUUAAGGGUCCCUUACUUUUAAGCUUUUUUUAAAGGAUCUUCAGACGUUCUUUCUGUGGAUGUGAUUAAAAAAGUGAGAGAGGGGGAAGACUGGUAUCAAGCAAAACGUUUUUUUGAACAUUGUUCUAUGUCUUUCUUGUAGUAAAUACAAUAACAUUGACACAGCUCUCCUUGUAAAUGUGAUUAAUGCACAGCAAUGUCCAGAAUUUCGUCUUACAUGAGGCCAAAGGUUGGAAAGAUGUAUGGGUAGUAACCAGUCCUUGUGCGUUCUUGGCACUCUUCGGCUCAAAGAAGCGUACGUCCCUUUCAUUUUUUGUGCAUAAAAUUUGCACACGUGUGGGUUAAUGGGAAGCCUGAUAAUUGCCGAGUUUGCACCACUUCUGCAUUUCCGAGAAACAGUUGGCAUUUUAAAAUGUUUUUUCACAUCCCUGGAAGACUAUUACCUCUAUUCUUGGAGAACGUCUGGGUGCACCCAACUACAUGUCAUGAAAGUGGAUAUGAAUUUACCAAGUGACUUACCGUUAACCGGAUCGACUAGUUUUAAAAAAUGGUAAACGCCCUAUAUUGUUCGUCUGGAACUAAAUUUUGGAAGAGCUUUAAAAACACUUUGGAUGAGAAAUAACUUGUAUGUAAAUGUUCUUUUUUUUUUUCUUCAUAAAGAAUCAGUUAUGUUCACCUGAUGGCGCAUUAUCGCAUGUGUGUCCAAAUCCGAGAGCAGACAGCAGCCUUCAUACGGGGCUUUAAGACUAUCGUGCGUCCUGAUUGGCUACAGAUGUUUUCCGGUCCUGAGCUUCAGAGGCUCAUUUCCGGUGACAGUGCUGCCUUGGAUCUCAGUGAUCUCAGGUAGAAUUGGCCGAGUAUGCUGCAGUUAAAGGAGCUGUGUUACAGCUGUCUGGUUCAGUUUUUUAAUGUUGCCAAUCACGCUUUCUUAUUCGUUCUAAAACUUAACCUUUGCGAAGAAAUAACGUGUAAAUGACAAAAUCACAGCUUCUUGUCCAACAAAUAUCCUCCCAGGCAUUAUAUCAAACGUUAUAAACAACGAAAAUGAACUUUGAAAAACUGUGAGGCUAACAGAUUUUCAAAAACCCACAACCGCAAUCCAUUUUAAUCUCCCCCGAGUUUAUCCAUCCCUGCCUUCUUAUGUACUCACUGUGUAAUUAAUACCUUUUUUUAUUGUAUUGAUUGGUUAUUUUUAUGUUUCUCUCAAUUUGGUGGCAGUUCCUGCUGUUAGAAUGUUGAUAAAUUUCGUGAAACAGCUCCCUUAAUGAUGCAUUAGAUAUAGUUUGUUAUUGUCAUUAUCAUUGUCUUUUCUGGCGUUUGAAAGAGGGACGGGAUCAUGGUCAGUAUGUUAAGAUUGCAAGUAUCGCUCCGACCAAUGGCUGGAUUUUUCUCUCGGUGAUCUGAGGGCUGGACUAUGCUUGUAAAUACUUACAUGUAACUGGUUUGUCUCCUGUCAAUUGGCUUUUAUUCACGUUAUUUUUGGUAUGGAUUAUUUGGUUGCGAUUUUUCAUGUGAACUGUCUGCAACCUCCUUGACGGUAGAUCUUCUAAACUGAUACACUUCAAAUAUAAACUAGGCAUUUGCAUUUUCACCUCGUACGAUGUUACAAGGCAGGCCUGUGCACGGAAAUAAGUCUGUUAUAGUCCAUGCCCCAGUUGUUCGCAAGGUGGAUAAAGCUAUCCGCUGUAUAGUUCAAUUUGUCUCCAUCCAACGUUUGAACAACCGUGCUCAUAUUGUUACCCUUAACAUCAUGACCUCCUUGAAAGACAUCAUUUCUUCGUCCUCCUUUUCUUUAGGGGGCUUAAGCAAAGGCGUUUUUGAGCGACGCACGUCAAGUGGGGCAUUUUACCUUUUAACAUGCUUUGAUGCUACCAAAUUUGAAUUGCUUAGUGUUUUUUCUGUUAUAGAGACUAUUUGCCCCUUGGACUAACUUACUGCCCAAUAAUUCAAAAAAGCCACUUCCAGUUGACGUGCGUUGGCUAAAAACGCCUUUGCUUAAGUUCCUUAAUGUAACUCUUUUUGGACAUUUUUUUAAAUUUGAUCACUCGGUUAUGUACCUUUUUUUCUUGUUCUUAACAUCCCAGGCGACACACACGAUAUUACGGCGGCUACCAUAGCAACCACAGAGUAGUCAACUGGUUGUGGGAUGUUCUAGAAAAGGAGUUUAAUGAAGAGGAGAAAUCCAGAUUCCUGAAGGUAUUUUAAACAAAAAAACAAACAGUUUUUGAAAUAUUGAAAAAUAUCAAAAUACCGCAAAAUAUUUAUACGAUAAAAAAUAUUUCAAUUUUAUCGCAACAUCUUCUUCGCCCUUGAAGACGUCCAACUGCUAACUUCAGAGAACUGGAAAGACAGAAUCAUAAAGAAACGAAAUGGCCACACUCCUCGGGAAGACGUUACGGGCAUAACGUCGAAAUACUUCUUUUUGCCCAAAAUCUUUUCCUCUGGGUUGUAUUUUUGUUGUUUAUCACGUUUCUGAAGUAGGAAGUUGGUAUUUUAAGCAGAUCAUUAAACUUGAUCAACCAUUCAACGUAAUUCGGUUUGAGGCCAUUUUGACGUCUUCCCUGAUCAUCUUUUUUUGUAUUUUCUUGCAGUUUGUAACAAGUUGCUCUAAACCUCCUCUGCUCGGCUUUGCUCAUCUUGAGCCACCAUUCUCAAUUCGCUGCGUAGAGUGUAAUGAUGAUGAGGUAAGAGAAGAACUGUCUGCCUAAAACUACCCUUCGUGUCAAUAUGCGGGUUUUCUGCGUCCCUUUGUUUAUUUAAUGUAAAUAAAUGAAAGGUGAUGCAUCUUAGGCUCCAUCCAUACGAAUCUGGAUAUUUUCGAAUCCGUUUUUUCUUUUUUUUACACAAUCGAUUUUCCGUCCAUACGAAAGCAGUGAAGCCGCUCUCCAGCGAUGAAAGGCCCCUUUCACACGAAUACAGAUUUCGAGUUAUCACACAAUAAUCCAGUAAACAGGAUUGUAAAAAUAACUCAUGCACACAAUUUGCACGUGAAGAUGUUGGACUUUGCCCCUUUUACAAUUUGAACGUGAAAGAACGCAAAUUGUUUACGAGAUUACUUUGCUCAAACGAUUUUGACAAAUCACCUCCUUUCUAACAUCUGCAAUAAAAUUAUGCAUCAUUCAAUGUUAAGAUUGAUACCCUAACAUCAUUAAUUGCCCUUGUUUGACCAUUAGCAACAUGACGUUUGGAUGUCAAAAUCUCAUUGGUUCCUGGCAUCAACUCAUAGUACCUCCAACCUUAUUGGCCCAUUUUUCCAACAACACACAUCCCAACACACAAAGCCACAAAGAUACAUACGCUCAGACCACCGACAUAUGAGCAAUUUUCCUCUUUAUACUACCACAUCAGAAAUUUCUGCAAUUUGAUUGGCUUAGAGUAGUGGUAUUUCAGCUUAAUUUGAAAUACCCACGUGUGAAAAUUACAAAACGUUUGUGGGUAGUAGUAUAAACAAAUAAUAGCAUGAUUUGUACCCGAUAUUUGGCAUAAAUACCACUCAUGAUAUUUCAAAAUUGUCUCAAAUUUCACUCGCCUAACUGCUCGUAAAAUUACGUGUAACAAUUUCGAAAUAUCACUCGUGGUAUUUAUGCCAAAUAUCACUACAAAUCAUGCUAUUACCUAUACAAAUAGCUUAAAAACUCAAAAUUGUAUAAAAAUCCUCAAUUUAACAUUGUAAAAUACUGUUUACCGUCAUUAGUCUUAGUGUUGUUGUGCCUGCUGACCUAGCUGUUGGUGCCGUUUUUAUUUUCCCGCCACAGGAUGAUGGUGACACGGUUGGUAGCGUAUUUCGCGGGUUUUUCAGCAUCGGACGCAGGCGUGAUCCGGUCAGCAGAUUGCCAACAUCUUCUACGUGUUUUAAUUUGCUUAAACUUCCAAAUUACAGAAAGAAAACCACGCUUAAAGAAAAACUCCGCUAUGCCAUCAACGCUAACGCAGGAUUUGAACUCUCGUGAGUCGGCAUCAAAUGGAAAGAACUGAAGUGAAAGUAAACAGCAUCUAGCUGCUCUUGGUAUCUUGGUAGUGUCUAUGGACUACGGCACAAAGAAGAGCCGCGCAGAAGUUACGCUCAAAGGGAACUGUAACAGCAUGAAGACAACUCCGUAGAUGAAAAUCGCGUGAAAUUAAAAGUAACACUUCACGCUCUUCGCUUAUCGAGUACAAGUGUUCUGAUAUUGCCACAGAUUCUAUGAAUCUUGUAUUAUUCAUUGACGAAAGAUGCUGAAUAUACGUUAACUGGUGAAUCAUGUUACGCGUCACAAAAGACACGAGGCUCGGGCAGCGACCUCAAUUGAUUAACUAAGGAAUAGCCUGCGUAGUCGGCGGGAUUGUUAAUUAGCGCGAGCAAAAAAUUCCUUUCCCUUUCUGGCUUCACCUCCAAAACUCUCACACGCGUCAAAACAAUUCCGCCAGCUACGUAGGCUAACUAAGGAAUUAAAAGACAGUAGUUGUGACUUGUUUAGGGGAUAGAAGUUCAGAAAUAGCAGUGCAGGGGUAGUUCUACCUGUAGUCCGCAUUUUUGUUUUCUACCAAGAAACAGCAAAGAUUGUGUAAACGUUUUUCUGUACUUCAAGUUAGGACAAAUUAGCAAAGUUUGUGUAACGGCUGUCAACUUUAAAUUUAUUUUUGUGUCACGAAGGGAACAGUCGCAAGAACCGGACAUAACAAAUGACGAAUUUGCACUUGUUCUGGCACUCAUGAUUUGAUCACAAUCUGGGUUCUGGGGCCCGUUUCUCGAAAGUCCCAAUGAAUAGCGGGCCCGGAAAGCCACCUGAAAGUUGUUGUUGUUUAUAUUCUAGAUAAGGAUUUCAAUAGUUUUCCAGAUGACACUAUGGAAAUAUCUGUCAACUAAACAAAAUGAACUGGUUUGUUAGCUAGGACCCACGCUUUAUUCUCUUUACACUAUUGAAAAUUUGAUUUCAGCCCCGAAACGUUAACGAGACUUUCAAGAAACGUGUGCCUCCACCAUCUGAACGCCUGAAACCGGCUAAGGGAACUGAGACGGGAAGAUUGUGCCUCCUUCCAGUUGUCCUUCCUCUCCUUUUCUCCAUCCAAUUCACCCCC